AUUCAGUGGAAGUCAAUCAUCACUAAGGUAAACUGUAGGUAGUGUGCAUGUGUUGAGUCGUAGCAGCCUAUACGGAUGCAAGUAUACCUUUAUUGUGAAUUUAAAUAUAAAUACAUCGUGUUGUAUCAACCGGGUUCUGUAGAUCAAUGAAUUUAUUUUAUUAAAAGCACAGCAUCCAGUCAUUAGCAUGUUAGCUAACUUGCUUUGUCACUAAUGAUAGACUAGUUAUGCUUGGGUGUAGUUUUACGUAGCCAGCUAAUGCUAUCAAAUGCUAAACAGUCCUGUCUUAGUAGGUGGAUGUUUUUAUUAGGAGAGUUGUUGGCUUGCAAGCUAGCUUUCACAGACGUUUUUAUCAGAGACGUAUGUGAGGUCGUAUGACUAGAAAACUGUGGACUGUACGGACAGUAUUUGUUUUCUAAUUUGUAGCUAUAGGCUAGUCUACUUCGUCAUUCUGAAGUCAUGAUGUGAAAUGCAAUGUUUGCUAGUUGGCUAGCUACUUGGCUAGCCAAUUCAGAGCAGUGCAUUUUGUGUUGACGCAUGCAACAUCGUAGUAAUCGCAUGGAUACAAUGCUGACGGUAACUGGAUACAAGUGAAUGCAUUAAAAUAGGGUUUGCAGCCCGGUUGUCUUCACCAGGUAGUGCUUGCGUUUUUUGUUUUUCCUAGCUUGCGGACUAAUCGAGACGGGAUAGUCCAUGUAGUGAAGUGAAUAAGCAGAAAUAGCUAGCUAGCAGUUAAUUUCAACUUAGAGGAUCAUUUGACACAUGGCUCGGGGAUCAUGAGAAGAAUAUCUCAAGGCUGCGUCUCACUACAGUGUACCAUCAAUCCUGCUCAGCAGGAACGAUUAUCCAGGAAGCCAUUGUGGUGCUGCUAAUGUGUGGAAUUUUUGGCACGCGUGAUAACGAUGCCAUUGUGUGGAAAUACCAUGCACACCACAGAAGUCACGCGAGAAUUUCAGGGGAAAGAAAGAAAAUCAAGAUCUAAUCUGAAGAAAUGUCUGGCAUCUGCUUUGGCAAAGGAUCUAAACAGGCUGCUCCUCGAAGAGAUCGAGGCUGAUGUCACUCUCCGCGUCGGUUCCAGCACCUUCCGGGCCCACAGGGCAGUUCUGCUGGCCCGGGCCUCACACCUCCUCGAGGAUGCGUCUGCGGACUCGGACUUAAUCCACGUGAAGAACCUCAAGCCCGCGGAGCUGAAGGACUUUUUACUACGGGCAUACACCGCUGAGGAGAGGAUGGGAAGGGCCCAGAGUUCUACGGCGGGAUUCCAGGAGCCAGUCAGGGAGGGAGAAGGCACAGUAUCGCCGUUACCCGCGGAAACCUCAGAGGAGCGAAACUCAGAAUCCCCGGCCCUAGAGACGGCCUCUGGGCUGGGAGCGGACCUGCUGGACCUGUACCAGACGGGCCGUGCUUCUGACAUCAGCAUUCAAGUCGGGGCCCGGGUCUUCCAGGCUCACAGGCCCAUCCUGUGCGCGCGCUCCCAGUACUUCAGCGCCAUGUUGAGCGGGAGAUGGAUGGAGAGCUCCAGACAGUGCAUCACUCUGCAGGGCCUGGGCCCCGAGGAGAUGGAGAUCCUCCUGCAGUUCAUGUACGGGGCCACUCUGGACCUGCCCCUGGGAGCCAAUCUAUGUCAGGUGGUCUACGCCGCGGACAUGCUGGGCCUGGACGGGCUGAAGGAUGUGGCGGAGGUAGUGCUGACGCGGGACUACUGCCGAUUCUUCCCCAAGCCAGUGGAUGGGGUUCAGAAGUCCAUUCUUGAGUGCCUUUCAAUAUCUCAUUCCCUGGGCCUGGAGCGCCUGUAUGGUUUUUGUGUAAGGUGGGUGGCGGAACACUUUGUGAAGUGCUGGGCUGAGAGGAGUUUCGCCCUCCUGCCGACAGGGCUUCAGAGGCACUGCCUCACAACUGUGACCGAGGCAACGACGGUGAAGAACGUGGUGUCCCUGCUCUGCAGCAGUGAGCAGCUGAUUGGCAGCUUGCCUGAGGUGAAGUGGGCCAAGCAGGCCCUGGCCUUGGCCAAUGAGCUGCAGGAGGCGUGUCUACGCACCAUCGUGACCCACCUCCCCGAGGUCACCCACACCGUCGCCUUCCACACCCUCCGAAGGGCGGAGGAGUUCAGCCUGGAGCCCCGCACGCUGAAGAAGAUAUGCGUGGCGGUCAGGGACGGCGUCGCCGUGGAGAACUGCUGCGGCCUCUUCGCCGCCGUGGACGCCUUGGCCGGCGACGAGGAGGAAGGGGAGGGGCUUCCGGAGGAGGACGGCGGCGGCGCCCAGGGAGGUCAGGAGUCUUUCAGGCAGGAGGUGCGGGCUCUGCGCGCGAGGCUCUGGACCUUCCUGCUGCAGUCCUUCUACGCCGUUCGCCACACGCAGGGAUGGCGCAGCCUGUCCCUCAAGCACAGGGAGCGAAUACAAGCAGCUGCUCUUGACAAAGGGGACGGUAGGAGACUUGGGAAGAAACCCAUAUUCACCAGCUCGCAGCAACAGAAACGCGUGAAAUGCCCCGCGUCCCCCCCGGCCCCCUCUGAGAGCCCCCGCCUGCCCAGGCCUCAGGACCCCCCCCAGAGCCAGCACCGCGCCGGGAGCGCCACCCCAACCGCAGCAGGGAGGAUGAAGUCGGAAGGCUCGGGGCAGGGCGCCGCCGGGAGGGGGGCAGGCAGCGAGGCCCCCAAGGGCAAGAACGCCAGGGCCAAGGCCCCCCCCGAGGACAGGAGCGCCGCCGCCAAGGCCAAAGCGCCGGUCAGGGCCAAACCGGAGCUCAACGGCGCCGCCAAAGCGGAGGACAGGGCCCGGCGGGAGAACUCGGCCCCGGUCGCCAACGGGCCCCGAGGCUCCCCUGUGGGGAGAGGGGGCAGAGAGCCGGAGAAGAAGGCCAAUCCGGGAGCAAGGCCCAAAACCGGCCCCGCCUCCUCCUCCGCCGCGACCGCCCAACCCAGGGCCGGCAAGCCGCAGAGGGCCGCCUCAGGGAUGGACUCGCCCCGGGGUCCGGACGGCGCCGGCCCCGCCCCCGGCCCCGCCCCUGCCACCAGUGCCUCCGCUUCCAGCAGCGCCUCCCCAGAGAACGGCUCCAACAGCCCCCGAAGCUCCACCCCAGGUCACAAGCCGAAGAGCACUACCCAGAUUACAACCAGGUCACCGCUGACCAAGACCGGUCAGAAACCGGAGCCUGGAAAGGCUAACAGCGCGGCAGGCAGGGCGUCUGCGAGAGAGGCAGCCGGCAAGGCCAAGCCCCCCCCGUCGGGCAGGGCCGCGGCAGCCCCGCCCGGGCCCAGAGCAGAGCCGAAAGGGAGGAGCGCACCCUCAGGUCUGGAGGAGAACCACGGCUCCAGGCCCGCUUCGGCUGCGAGCGAGCGGAAGACCGCCUCUCCCCGAAAAGAGGAGGGCAAGGGGAGCCCCCGAUUGGCCGCAGCGGGGGAGAGAGGGGCCGGCGAAGCGGCCAAGAGGAAGGGCGUGAAGACCACGCCCGCCGCCGGACCGGAGGCCAAACCCAGCGCCAAAUUGACGAAGCCUGGCCCCGCCCCCUCCAGACAGAGCCCCCUCCCUCCGAACAGAAGCGGGCCGAAGCAGAAGGGCUCCUCGGAAUCACCCGUGGGGAAGCCGGCCCCCAGGCAGGCGGGGCCGGUAAAGCAGCCCCCUUCCAGGGCCAAGAAGCAGGCGGCCAAUGAGAAGGAGGCCUCCCCUCGCGAAAGCCUGGACUCCAAAGAAGCUGAGACCGGUACCGGUGCUUCUGCGGCCUUCCUGGGAGCGGGGGCGGAGUCGGAGGCGGAGCUUUCCCAGCAGGGAGCGGCCGAGGCGGGGGCGUUGCCGCAGCUCCUCGACGUCACCGCGUUACCACUCGGCUCUCGCGGCAAAGGAGGCGGUUUGACCCUCCAGCCCGUGGCUGCGGGUCCUGAUGAGCCGCGCGUUCCCGGCGAAAAGCCGGAUCAGUGGGCGGAGCCAGAACCUGGGGCCGCAGCGGACGGAGCGCAGUCAGACCGGCCCCCGGCCCCGGAACCCGCACGAGGCAGACUCACGGAGGGAGAGGAGAGCGCGGGGAAACAGGCGGCCGGCCCACCCAUCCCCUCCCGCCUCUACGCCGGGCAUGGACGUGGGCUGGGCCCCCCGGACCCCCCCGCGGGCAGCCCCGGCGGUUCGGAGACCCCCCCGGAGGACCCGUGGGGCGGCCCGCGCCACCAGGCCAGCCCCGAGUCGGAGACCGGCAGCGCCACCACCUCGUCGGACGACAUCAAGCCGCGGUCGGAGGACUACGACGCGGGCGGCUCGCAGGACGACGACUGCCCCAACGAGCGCGGCGCCUCCAAGUGCGGCACCAUGCGCUGCCCCGACUUCCUGGGCCGCAGCAGCAGCGACACCAGCACCCCCGAGGAGCUGAAGGCCUGCGACAGCGGGGCGGGGCUCCGCGUGGAGGUCCGCCUGCGGGGGCGGGACUGCGCCGACCCCUUCCACGCCCACUCCACCAGCGAGGAGGAGGCGGCCCGGAGGAGGCCCCGGUCCUGGCUGCCGCGGGGGGACGACGCCCCCGGGGGGGACGAGCCGGCUCAGGACGAGGAGCCCGCCAGCGCCAAGGGCGCCCCCGACCUCGGGCUCUUCUCCGACGAGGGAGAGGACGAGGAAGAGGGAGGGGCGACGGGGGACGAGAGGUCGGAGGUGGAGGUCGCCCGCGGGGAGGCCCCGCCCCCGCCCCCGCCCGCCGACCCCGCCCCUCCGUUCCGGGGCAUCGUUAACCCCGCCUUCGAGGACGCGGGCGAGCCGGCGAACGAGCUUCCCGACUACCAGCCGGCGUCCGGCUUCCGCCGCUCGGUGCUGCUCUCCGUGGACGAGUGCGACGAGCUGGCGUCCGAGGAGGGCGUGGCGCAGAGCCCCCCGCGCAGGCCGGGAGGCCCCCUCGUGCCCUGCGACGUGUUCGAGAGCGACCCCCGCGACCCCCGUCCCGACUCUCGCUCCGCUUCGAGACGCCCGAGAAGCACGCCCAAAGAUCCUCCCGCUCCAGAGAGCGCGGGGGAACGAGACGCCGUGACGACCAUGUCGCUCGCGGAGACCCCUGGGAAAGAGCGUGAGGGCCCCGGGGCGGGAGGCUUCAAAGCCGGCCCCCUGCUCGCAGACCCCGACGCCCGUGACCUCCAGCCCCAGGAGAGGCCCUGCCGCUUGGACCUCCGGAACGCCGAGCGCUACGGCGACGGGAACUCUCCGGCCGAGCCCGCGGACGCCAAGAAGGCGGACUUGCGCCUGGACUUGCGCGAACCACAACUGACAAUGAGCGAUCCCACACACACUGCCACUUCCCCAGCAGGGGACUUAGAUGAUUGUGACAGACUGGAUCAAACCUCCACAUAUGACCGCCGCCCAUCCAAAACCCUCUCCCCCAUUUAUGAGAUGGAUGUGGGAGAAGCCUUUGAGCAGAGCUCGGACCUGGACAGGUGCACUGUGGGGCAGCCGGAGCAGCCACGCAAGGAGGAGGAGGAGGAGAAGGUGGAGGAGGAGGGGGAGAACAGAGAGUUUGCACAGCGGGACUGGACUCUGCUUCGCCAGCUGCUCUCAGACCAGGACUCCAGCCUGGGCAUCAUAAACUCGGUCCCGGAGGACCUCAACCUGGCCCAGUACCUGAUCAAGCAGACGCUGGCGCUGUCACGGGACUGCCUGAAGACGCAGGCCAUGCUGCCCCACGAAAAGGAGACCUUCAAGAGGUGGGCGGAGCUCAUUUCGCCCCUGGAAGACUCCACCGCCAGCAUCACCGUCACCAGCUUCUCCCCGGAGGACGCCGCUUCCCCACAGGGCGAGUGGACCAUUGUGGAACUGGAAACGCAUCAUUGACGGCAGGAAGGGGGCAGGGCCUAAAUGCCACCACUUUGUAAACAUUACAUUUCUAACCAGACCGUUUUUUCUGCCUGUCUGGAAUAAGGAUUUUUUUUUUUUUUUUUUUUUGCUUUUCCUCCUGUUGGUUUGUUUGCUUUUUGAUGAACCUUCAGUAUUUGGAGUUUCUUGCUUCUUCUGCUGUUUUUCACUUUUCAUAUACCUUUUGAAGUACUAAAAAACUAUUUGUGUAACAGACAUUUGGACAGAAAUUAGCAGUUUUGCAUGUGAACAUUUUGUAUGUUUAACUGUUUAUGUGAUAUUGAUGCGACCUUUGUAAAAAAAAAAAAAAAAAGAAACAAAAGGCGUAUGUCUUUCGCAUAGCUCUA